UUUCAGAUUGUGCGAGAUCCAUACAGCACAUGCCAUUGGCACGUUUAACAAAUGUAGUGUCACACAUUUUGCGCUUGUUUAAUUGCCCCCCUUCUUGUAUUAAUACAACUGCAGCUUCCUAUAGAAGCAUUUUACAAUAGAAACUUCACCAAAUCCAUGCACACAGUAGACAUGGAUGAUGCUAGAGAGUUUUUCACUUAGGAGAAGCACCAAAACCUCUCCUCCUCUCAAUUUUUUGGGGGAUCUCAUCUUAGAUGGAUUCGAAAGCAAUUUUGGCAUCCAACACUUCAUACUAUUUGAACACUCCAGGAAGGAGAAAGGCUAAGUUUAACGUCGCGAAAGGUUUAGCCAUCCGUUCCCUAGUUACAAAUAGGUCUUUGGGCUCUCCAUGCGCUCCUCUCUCGACGUUAUUACAACGACAAAAUGUUCGCGCAGAUGCGAAAGAGAGAGGGGAAUUCGGUGGCAAUUCCUGCGGGAGGGCCGACUUCAGUGAGAAAGGAAGCGAGAUGUUUUGGGUGCGCUUCUUGGGCUUCCAUUCAAAGGGCGUGCAAUCGUUUAUUACCAUGUUAACACCUGACCAAAACCAACCUGCUCUCCAGGAAGAUACAUCGUCAGGCGACGACUCAUCGGAAGAAAGCAGCAGCGACAGUAGUGAUGAAGAAGAGUCAUCAGACGAAUCAUCAUCCGAUGACGAAGAAAGUGAUAGCGACAACGACAAAGCGAAGCCUAUAAAAAAGCCUGAAAAGCCUAAAAAGCCUGAAAAGUAGGAGGCUUAAGAUGACGUAGUUUUGAGUUUUUCUCUGCAACGCGAGUGCCCUUGCUAAUUUGCUUUUCAUUUAAAUUCAGACCCUCAUAUGAAUUUACGCACUUAAUAAGGUGUUCUCAUAUCAAUGUUCUGGGAAUGCAUUAUUAGAUUUUUCAUUGGAUCCACUGAAUCAGCGCGAUAUCUUAGUCUUAGAUUCCCUAUGCAUUUUAUGAACGAUUACUUUGAAAACUUUACGAUGAUUUGUCGAGUAAUAAGUUACAACUUAUCCAUGAAUAAUCUGUUUCAGUGACCAACUUUCCGUUUACUUGAACUAUUGAUUUAACUUAAAGUGAAAUAUUUGUCUGAUUUUUUUUUCUCUCCCUGAGACUAUAUGACUACUUAGGCAAUCAAUUUUUGAUUCGAUGUUGUUGUAUAAC